AUGGGAAUGUCCUUUCUUCACCUGGUCGUCCUGGCUGCUGCAUUGACUGCGAUGCUGGUGACCCAUGCCGUGGCUAAGACCACCCGCUGGCCCAAGCAGCCGUACACUAAGAAGCCCCCCUCUGCCCCCGCCCGCAUGGAGCGCGUGCAGACCACCACCACCACCACCAGCAUGCCCACCAGCACGGGCUAUGAGGAGACCACCGAGUCCCUGGACGCCUUCACCUUCUCCCCCACCGACAGCACCACCUUCCCCAACGACGCCUUCCCAGAGUACCAAACCGACUCCACGGCGCCCCCCGGAGCCCCGCACGGGAACUACACCCUGGACUACAAUGAGUGCUUCUUCAACUUCUGCGAGUGCUGCCCCCCGGAGAGAGGCCCCCCAGGACCAGCUGGGGAGCGGGGAGCGCCAGGUGUUCAAGGAGAGAGGGGAGAGCCCGGUCCCAGGGGUCUUCCUGGACCCCCAGGUCUAGCUGGAGUUAAAGGACAGAAAGGAGACAAAGGAGACAAAGGUGACCAAGGUGACAGCGGAAUUCCUGGAAGCCCUGGAAUUUCAGGAAAACAAGGAGAGAAAGGUGACCCAGGCGCCAAGGGUGAGAAAGGAGAUGUCGGCUUCCCCGGGUUUAAAGGUGAACCGGGUCAGAAGGGCGACACCUGUGUGAAUGGCUCUAAGGGUGACAAAGGGGACCCAGGGAAGGACGGGCCACCGGGACCCCGUGGGCUGGGCGGAGAGAAGGGGCAGAAGGGUGACCCGGGAGAUAAGGGCGAGUGCGCGCCCGGGGAGAAGGGAGACCAGGGGGAGAAAGGGGACCCAGGCCCCCCGGGGAUGAGGGGUGACCCCGGUCCUCCCGGCAUGAACGGGACUCAGGGGCUCCCAGGCCCGACGGGGGAGCAAGGCGAGCCGGGUGCCCCAGGCCCGAAAGGGGAGACGGGUGCCAGGGGACCGCCAGGCCCUGUGGGGGUAAGGGGGCUAGUCGGACCCAAAGGUGAGAGGGGGGUGAAGGGGGAGCGGGGCCUGCGGGGGCUCAAAGGCCCGCGGGGGGCGAGCGAGGUGCAGGUACGCUCGGCCUUCAGCGUGGGCCUCUUCCCCAGCAAGUCCUUCCCCCCUCCGGGACUGCCCAUCAAGUUCGACAAGGUCUUCUACAACGACGAGGGCCACUACGACCUCAACGUCAGCAAGUUCAACUGCACCCACGGCGGCGUCUACGUCUUCACCUACCACAUCACCGUGCGCAACCGGCCGCUGCGCGCCGCCCUGGUGGUCAACGGCACUCGCAAACUGCGCACGCGCGACUCCCUGUACGGCCAGGACAUCGACCAGGCCUCCAACACCGUGCUGCUGAAGCUGGCCGCGGGCGACCAGGUGUGGCUGGAGACUCUACGGGACUGGAAUGGCGUGUACUCCAGCAGCGAGGAUGACAGCACCUUCUCUGGCUUCCUGCUCUACGCCGACAAGGCCUGA